AUGCUAUUAGAUGGACAAGGUCUAGUAAUUGCUGAGCAACUGCUGGUGUGUUCCCCUGCGUGCGUUUGCAGGGAGCCGCGUGCGUCGUCCCCUGCCCCGUGCCCUGCGUCGCCCCCGUGCGCCCCGGCGCCCUGUCCUGCGGCCACCCCCGCGCCCACGUCCACUCCCGCGCCCACGCCCGCGCCCACGCCCGCGCCCGGGCACCGCGCCCGGCAGCGCGACGCGUGCCCGUGGAAGCACAGCCUCCAGGCGGCGCCCUCGGCCGCGCACUCCUACCCUCCCGACGGCCCCUCCUUCAAGCCCCGCAACCUCUGCGGCAGCGUCUGCUACCCUUGGGUGGCGUCGCCCCCGCGCUCGCCCUCGCCCUCGCCCUCGCCCACGCCCUCGCCCUCGCCCUCGCCCACGCCCUCGCCGAGGCCCUCGCCCCGGCGGCCCGCCCCCGCCGCCGCGGAGCGCUUCGUGGUGGGCGUGCUGAACGCGGGCCAGGCCUGGGGCCCGCCGCCCCACAAGGCGCCCCCGUGCGCCGCCGCAUGUGCGUACACGCGCCUCCUCCUCCUCCUCGCGCGAGGUGCGUACCCGCAGUACAUGCAGUGCUGCCACGGCGUGCCGUUCGUGGCGUCGCCCGCCGCCCGCUGCGCGCCCCCGGCCCCGCCCGCCUGCGCGGCCAGCGUGUGCGCGCGCGCCGGCGACGCCGACCUCGUCUACCUCACGGUGCACACGCAGUCGCCCGGCGCCACCGCCUCGCAGGGCCGCCGCCGCCGCCGCCAGCCUUCCUCGGGGCAAGGGGCGCCGGCGCGCGCCCAAGAGGCCCCGCCGCCCAAGGGGCCCCCGUGCCCCGCGUGGGUGGCCAGGGACGACGACGACUUCUGGGAGCAGUUCAUGCCGCGCUGGAAGGAGCUGCGCAGCGACGAUGACGACAGUCGCUGA